UCGAAUGCAAUUUCCUCUUCAAGAUGUUAAACAAGAGCGUUCAUCUUCCUGAGGAACUGAUAAUUGAAAUUCUGUUGAGAUUAACAGUGAAGAAUGUAUUGCGUUGCAAGUGCGUAUGUAAGUCAUGGUUUUCUCUCAUCUCUAAUCCCAAUUUUGCAACUUCACACUCUCAACUUGCCGCCUCGCCCACAGAUAAACUUGUCUGUUUACGAAACAAUUCUGAAACCCUCCUAUCGAUUGAUUUUAAUGCAUCGCUUAACAAUGACUCAUCAUAUGCUUCGCUAAGCCACGAAUUUCUGCCCCCGCGAUCAUAUUCUGAAAUUGGAGGUUCCUGCAGAGGGUUUAUAUUUUUGCUUAGUUACCCUGACUUCUUCUAUCUAUGGAAUCCAUCCACAGGUGUCCAUAAAAACAUACCUCCCUCUCCUAAUAGUAUAACUAUUGUCUCCGGUUCCUAUCUUGAAACUUUUCUGUAUGGUCUUGCAUACGACCAUUCUACUGAUGAUUACUUGGUAGUUUUAGGUUCCUGUGAUUGUCGUCAUUUAGAUUAUAGGAUACCUUGUUCCAUUUCCUUUGAGAUUUUCUCACUGAGAGAUAAUAACUGGAAAUAUAUCGAGGUUGAUUCUCAUUUGAUCAUUCAAUAUGGAUGUGAUUCUAAUGCCGGGUUACUCUUGAAUGAUUCUAUUCAUUGGAUGGUUCGUAAUUGGGAGGUCCCAACACACGUUUAUUUUGACGUUAUUAUUGCCUUUGAUUUAAAGGAAAGCAGAAUGUUAGAGAUAGCCCUGCCUUAUGGUUUUGAUUAUAAAGAUUAUCCUAGCAACCAUAAUUUGCUGGUACUUGGCGGACUUAUAUGUGCAUCGAUUGUGGAGAUGCAUACAAUUAAGAUAUGGGUGAUGAAAAAAUAUGCAGUGCAUUCAUCUUGGACUAAGAUUCUUGAAUUUUCUGUUGAUCCUGCAUUGCACUGUUCUUUAUCCAUAGUAUGCUUUACAAAUAGUGGUGAUAUAAUUGGAAGAGAUAAUGAAGGUGGAUUGACGAAGUUUAAUGACAAAGGACAGCUGCUGGAGCGUCACUCCAGUCCCAAGAGCAUCAAGUCAAACAGAUUCCAAAUGGCGUUGUAUACCGAGUCUCUGCUUUCACUCCCUUGUGCCAUUGAGCAGGUUUAAAAAGCAAUCAAUGCGCUGGCAAGCAAUCAUUGCUUUGUGUACCAUUGAGCAGGUUUAAGAAGCAAUCAAUGCGCUGGCUCAGAGAAGCAAUCAUUGCUUUGAUGCUGGUAAGUGGUAACUGAUCCUCUCUGCCUCAAAAGCAGUUAAGUGGAAUUUAUUCUAAUGAAUGUUGAUUUUACAUUUAUGUGAAUCUUUAGGAAUCUUAAAUGGUUAGUAUUUAUUUGAUUAAAACAAAUGGAUUGUUCUAUUACCAUAUUUAGCAGUUUUUUGGGCUAUGAUGCGUUUGAAACCACAUUAGAUUUUAAGUUUAACUUGAUAAAAUCCACUUACAAGAUAAGGGUUGAACAAGUUUGAUAAACUUGGUCAUAUAUUUAUAAGGAAGAUUUUAGUUUAUUAUGAUAUGUAGUUCAUUCUAUGCUUAAAUACUCUUUCAUGCCACAUGCUGAAAUGCUUGGGGUAAUUUUCCAACAAUUUAAUGUAAUGAAAACUAGUAUCUCUUAGUUGAUAGAUUUAUCCAACUGCUGAAAGUUCACGAAAGAUGACGGAGAGGAUGCAUGGUCAUGGUAUGACAUGUUGUAAUUGCUCAAUUUGCCUACAAAUAUAUGAUUUCCUUGAUUUCGUGUCUAUUAGAUGUUAUUUUUUUAGUUUUGUUUCAAAGCUAUUCAAACCUUAGAAAAUCAAAAUAUAAAUUUAUUUUUAAGAUUUUUUUUGACAACUAAGAAUAUAUUUAAUAUAAUUCGAGUUGAUAUAGACUUUGAGCUCAUUCCUAAAUAUGCUUUGUAUUGGAGAGCUUGCAUCCUGCAUGCUCUUUAGUUUCUCAACACUUUUUUUUUUUGUGUUUAUUUCGUUUUUUUGUUAUGCAACAAGAGAAAACUCAUUUUAAUUUUAAAUUUUUUGGGGAUUUAUUUUUAAGCCCUGCCUAAUUCACGAACAGAAUAAACCAGUCCAUGAUAGCAAAAAACAGCAAACUGUUAUUAAUUUAGACUCAUCAAACAUUAUAAGGAAAGUGAUGAAUAUUGGAAU